UUUCCCCCGACUGAGUGUGUGUGAGAGUAUAGGACAGUUACCUUUUCCCCAGCAGUUCCCUUGGCUGGAUCCCAUUCAACAACAACGAGCUCUGGAACAUGGUCCUUCUGCCCAGCUCAGUGAUGAGCAUCCCGUCCACGAUGAGCGUCGACAACCAGCUGACUGCCUCCUGGAGCCCUUACAGCUGCCCUGAUGGAGUUUCCAUGGUUACCCCUGGUUACACAGGCCGCUUGUGGUCUCAGGACCUCCAGCCCCAGUACUGGUCCAAGUUUCAGGUGUGGGAGUGGCUGCAGCAGACUCUGGACAUGCACCAGAUAGAUGCCACCAGCAUCCCUUUCCACAACUUUGACAUGGACGGAAGACAGUUGUGUAGCAUGAGUUACCAGGAUUUCACACGGGCAGCUGGUUCUGUGGGUCCCAUCCUCUAUCAGAGUCUGUGUGACCUCAAGUGGAAUGGUCAAUAUGGGACAACAGAGAUGUACACACCAAUGGACAUUAAAACAGAGAUAGAUGCAGAUCUUCCAUGUUCCAUCCUUCCUUUUAAAGAUGAAACUAGCUUCUACUCCACUGCAGAUAUUUUUGACAUCAAACCCUCAUUUCAGCCCUCUUCUCUGGUGACUUCUCCAGCUCCUCCAAGCCCAGACUCUAAGCAGCCUCACAGUCGCCCUCAUCCAGUGAAAAAGCACAACCCCCGUGGGACCCAUCUGUGGGAAUUCAUCCGCGAUAUCCUCUUGCACCCGGAGAGAAACCCAGGCCUGAUUAAAUGGGAGGACAGGACAGAAGGCGUCUUCCGCUUUCUCAAGUCAGAGGCUGUGGCCCAGCUGUGGGGGAAGAAGAAGAAUAACAGCAGCAUGACGUACGAGAAGCUCAGUCGUGCCAUGAGGUAUUACUACAAACGGGAGAUACUAGAGCGAGUGGACGGACGCCGACUCGUUUACAAGUUUGGAAGAAACGCCCGGGGUUGGAGAGAGUCGGAAAAGUGACAGAUGUUGUAAAGAAGCAGGAGCACAGCCGCCACAUGCGGUUUCAUUCUGAGACGUAGAACCCUGAUGUUACAACAGCACGUGAGGAAUUCACGUCUGUCGUUUUCAUAAGACGGCAGAUGUGCUGUUUCACUGUG